CCACCAUCCGCGGCUCCCCAACGUUCCGUUACAUUCCCAACUUCAACCCGACGUUUCCAUCGAAGCCUCCACUUUGUAGAAUCCGACCCCUUCUUCCAUUUCGGCAGCCUCGUGGUUUCCUUUUUUCAGCACAUUUUAACUUCUCGACACUCGUUCAAACACACAGCAUACUUGUACAAAAUUCUUCACAAUUCACAAAAGAACCACAGCUUCAACUGACUAAUCCCACCCGAUACUUCCUACCAAAACCACGGCCGACUCUCAACACCACCCGAAGACACCCCACGAACAAUGUCAAGAUGACCAACAUCCAAACCGGCCCUACCACCCGCGGCCUCUCACGCUUCGCCAUCCCCGCCGUCUGCGGCCUCAUCACCUUCCUCGGCUACUACUCGCAAUACCUCUUCAACACCAGUCCCGACCUCGCUCCCGGUCCGCUCACCCGUCGCGAAUCCAUAACCCUCAACACCCUCCUCGUCUGCCUCUGGCUCACCUACUACCAAGCCUGCACCGUCGAUCCCGGCCGGUACAAGUUCCCACCGAAAGAGAAAGAGGAGGAUAACAAUAACAACGAUAAUCAUAUCACAAGAAGAGGAGGAGGACCCCAACAAAACGCAAGAUGGUGCAAAAAGUGCUCCGCCCCCAAGCCCACGCGCGCCCACCACUGCCGACACUGCGCCCGCUGCAUCCCGCGCAUGGACCACCACUGUCCGUGGACCGGCAACUGCGUUUCCUUACAAACCUUCCCGCACUUCCUGCGCUUCCUGGUGUACACCAACGCCGCGCUGGUCUGCUUUGCCCGUCUGCUCUGGGCCAGGCUGUACUACGGCCUCUGGGACCAGCGGCACGUGCCCGCUUACCUGGGUCCCAGCGUGGGGGCGCUGCUGGGCUGCACGAUGCUGAGCAUCGCGUGGUUUGCGACGCAGUUCGCGCUGACGGUGUUGCUGGUUACCACGGUGCGGAGCUGGAUGCUGGGCAAGACGAUGAUUGAGGAGUGGGAGGCGGAGAAGCACGAGGCGCUGUUGGCGAGGUCGUAUGAUGGGGAUGAUUACUGGGGCGCGGAUGGACACGGUGGGUUUGUGCCGGUUAAGGUGGAGUUUCCGUAUGAUAAUGGGUUUUGGACAAAUAUGGCGCAGGCGAUGGGGACGAACAACUUCUUGAGGUGGUUCUUGCCGGUUGGUGGGGGUGGGCCAAAGAUCAGCAAUGACACGCCGUGGAAGGGGACCGGUUGGGAGUAUGAGGAGAAUGGGUUUAAUGAUCGGGUGGGCAUGUGGCCACCGCCGGACCCGGAGAAGCUGCGUAGGGAGAGGGCGGGUGCUGGAGGAAAGUGGCCGGGUGCUAGGGAGAAUUUGGGCACAGGAAAGCCGGAAGUCGAAUACUACCGGAGUUCCGAAGAUAUGAAGGCUGCGUUUAAGAGGAGGCAGCAGGAGGAUUUGCGAAGGAGACAGCAAAGGAGACAGCACUCGUCUGAAGAGGAUGAGAUCAUGGCUGAGUUGGAGGAGGAUGAAGGGUACGAGCAGCGCUCAAGGACACGCUCACCACCGCAACAGGGUAGGACAUGGAUGAAUAGCGAGGGUGAUACGCUGUGGGAUUAUGGUGUUGAUGUGGACGAGGAGGAGAGUUACGGAUAUCCAGGCCAGGGAGUCUCCGAGUCAGUACCGCUUGUCGGGACGGCGACUGGAUACGAUGAUGACCAAGGAGAUGAAGACGAGGACGUGCCCCUCGCUGAGCUAAUGCGCAGACGCAGAGUAAGAAGCAGCGAAGGAUAUGAGUGAGGACCAAGAGCAAAUAUGCCAUACUAGCUUUAUAAUAACCGAUACCCAAUGCACAUAUUCUUUUUUGGUCAG